AUGUGGAACACUCAUAUACCUGAUGAUGUCGAAGUAGAAAAAGAAAACAAUACAGUUGAUCAUAAGUAUUACAUAACAACUACUUAUUUGAAUCGUCCACAGCAAAUGGAAAACUAUUGGGUUGACAUGGAUGCCAUGUUGAAAAAGCCUGGUGUCGUGGGAAAUGCAAGUCAUCCGCUUUUAUCUGGGACUUAUCGAAGGGCUGUGGGUGCAAAGCUAAGCUUCAAGUUCCCGUUUUACGGUCAUAUGAUGACGAAUCUCACAAUAGCUACCGGAGGUUUUCUCUAUAUUGGAGACCAGACACACAAUUGGUUGGCUGCCACACAGUAUAUAGCCCCGCUUAUGGCUAAUUUCGAUACAAUGCUGGAUGGAUCGAGCAUUCUGUAUGCAGACGACGGUGAGAAGUUUGUGGUGGAAUGGAGAAAAGUUCAGUUAAGAGAGCAGCAUCAAGCCGGGCCAUUCACCUUCCAAACUACCCUGUUCAAAAAUGGAUCAAUCGCUUUCGUUUAUAAAAACGUACCCAUGAAUGUGUCGAAUAUAAGCGAUGAACAGCAUCCGGUCAAAUGCGGUAUUAGCGAUGCUUAUCUGUACCAUCAUAUGUUUAUGGCACAUGGAACUAUGAGUCCGAAGCGUGUUAUCUAUGAGUACCAUCGAAUUGAAAUCCCACUGGAGAAAGUGGUUGCUGACACGGUCGUUUAUCUAGAAGCGCAACCUGUCUGCAUUCAAUUCCAAUCAUGUGAAGCAUGCUCUAAUGCAACGUUGAAGCACUUUACUUGCACAUGGUGUCAUGCUAAGAAGGCUCAUGGAGGACCAUUUUGUACAGAUCAGGGAGGCAUUCAUCGACGUCGCCAACAAUGGGCAGAAAAUAAUUGCAAAAAUCAAGGGAAAAAUAUGUAUUGUAAUGCUGCUACUGACGAAGAUGAGGUAGAGGAUAGUUCAACUCCUUCAUCCGAACAGCCGUCUUCACCGGAUGAUGUCAUACCUCUGGAUAAGCCACGGAUUGAUAAAAUGAAAGGUAUGUUUUGGUGGCUUUGUAAAGGUAAUUAA